AUGUUGGGUCGGAACCAACAAUUUAAUCAACCUUGUGAUUAUUUGAAAGAAAUAUGUAGAGAUUGUGAAGUAAAUGGCAAUCUGAAUAUAGAGAAAAGGACUAUUCAUAUUAUUGGGGGGAAAAAGCGAGACGUUAAUGAGGCUUUCAAAAGAUUGAAAGUAUUGGAAAAACUUCGACCGAGUUUCAAAGCACAAGAAAUACCUUUGUUUAUGUACCAUGCCUCUAUUGCGAAAGAUGCAUAUAUAAUUAUUCCUGUCGUCAGAAAUCCCAAUACUCAAAAAUGGACUCUCCCAAAAUAUGUUGAACCAGAGCAAAAUAGAUCCGCAACUAUGGUGAAUAACAAUGUAAAUAGUAAUGCACCUCCUCGUGGUCGUCCAAUCACGAGAAAUCCACCAACUGAGCAAAAAUAUGAUUGGCCUGAAGUCCAACAGGUCCCCGCUGACAUUCCAUGGAGUAGUUCUAAUGCAUUCGAUACUUCUUCAACUAAAGAUUUUCCGACUCUUUCUCCUUCGUUUGUGGGGUCGAAAUCCGCUGCAUCCACAACAUCUACAUCUACUCAUUCUUUAUCACCUUCAAGAAGAGAAUUUUUGAUUAACACAGAAACACAGACAUUUAGUUCUAAUGCUAGUCUAUUUGAUGGUACAAAACCACGUCUUACCGAUGAAGAAAAAUUGGCUCGUAAGGAGGCCAAGAAACAGAGAAUAAUUGAUAGACGGAGACAACGUUCUCAAUAUGGAACAUCUACAGAUAAUGCUGCACAAGUUACUGAUGUGUUUUCGUCUAUGUCAAAUCCUUCAGAUUGGGUUACACCUCAAGAUAAUAAUGCAACCACAUUAGAAGCACGGGUUUGGAGUGAUAAAGCUGCUGGAAAAAAAGUUGAUGAAAAAGGCGGAAUUAAUAUCGUUAUGAGGGAUGUUAUUCUUGAAAAAAGCCCCAAUAACAGUAAUUCUUCUGUCAAUGGAAAUAACGUGCCUGGAACACCUGGAAAGAUCCUUGGAUAUGUUCGUUCACAAAGAGAAGAGAUUCGAUUAUUUGGAAG